GCAGACGGGGGGGAAAGGGGAAGAAGAAAGAGGAAAGGAAGGUUAGGGCAUCCCGGCGCGGAGGAUGGGGCCGCCCUAGGAGCGGCCGGAGCGGAGGAAGGGCCGCGCAUCCCGGUGGGCGAUGGAGGCGGAGCGGUAGAGCCGCGGCCUGCCGAGGCUGGUGCGGCGGGGAUGCUCUCGUCCCGGGCUCGGAGCUGAGGCAUCGCCGGAGCUGUCGAGGGAGCGGGAGAAGGUAACGGGGUCUUUGUCUGUGGAUGGGGAGAUGACGGAGGGCCGCAGAUGCCAAGUGCACCUCCUUGAUGACAGGAAGCUGGAGCUGCUUGUUCAGCCAAAGCUUUUGGCCAAGGAGCUGCUUGACUUGGUGGCAUCUCAUUUCAACCUGAAGGAGAAGGAGUACUUCGGAAUUGCAUUCACAGAUGAAACGGGACACUUGAACUGGCUUCAGCUGGACCGCCGGGUGCUGGAACAUGACUUCCCCAAAAAGUCAGGACCGGUUGUUUUGUAUUUCUGUGUCAGGUUCUACAUUGAAAGCAUCUCCUAUCUAAAGGACAAUGCCACCAUUGAGCUGUUUUUCUUGAAUGCCAAGUCCUGCAUCUACAAGGAACUCAUUGAGGUUGACAGUGAAGUGGUGUUUGAACUGGCUGCAUACAUCUUGCAGGAGGCAAAGGGAGACUUUUCAAGCAAUGAAGUUGUAAGGAAUGAAUUAAAGAAGCUGCCAGCCCUUCCAACACCAGCACUGAAGGAGCAUCCUUCCCUCGCUUACUGUGAGGAUCGAGUCAUUGAACAUUACAAGAAACUAAAUGGUCAGACAAGAGGUCAAGCAAUUGUGAAUUACAUGAGCAUUGUAGAAUCCCUCCCAACAUAUGGAGUGCAUUAUUACGCUGUAAAGGACAAGCAGGGAAUUCCUUGGUGGUUAGGACUUAGCUACAAGGGGAUUUUUCAGUAUGACUACCAUGACAAAGUGAAACCAAGAAAGAUCUUUCAAUGGAGGCAGCUGGAGAACCUCUAUUUCCGCGAGAAGAAGUUCUCGGUGGAGGUGCACGACCCGCGCAGGGCAUCUGUGACCAGAAGGACAUUUGGGCAUAGUGGCAUUGCUGUGCAUACGUGGUACGCUUGUCCAGCACUAAUAAAGUCUAUCUGGGCUAUGGCCAUUAGUCAACAUCAGUUCUACCUGGACAGAAAGCAGAGCAAGUCCAAGAUUCAUGCUGCAAGAAGCCUGAGUGAGAUUGCAAUUGACCUGACCGAAACUGGAACGCUCAAGACCUCAAAGCUGGCCAACAUGGGGAGUAAAGGCAAAAUUAUCAGCGGCAGCAGCGGGAGUCUUCUGUCAUCCGGUUCCCAGGAGUCAGAUAGUUCUCAGUCUGCCAAGAAAGACAUGCUGGCUGCACUGAAAUCCAGGCAAGAAGCUUUGGAAGAGACACUGCGGCAACGCUUGGAAGAGCUGAAGAAACUGUGUCUCCGAGAAGCGGAGCUCACAGGAAAGCUGCCACGAGAAUACCCCCUAGAUCCUGGGGAGGAGCCACCUAUUGUAAGGAGAAGAAUAGGAACUGCCUUUAAACUGGAUGAGCAGAAGAUCCUGCCUAAGGGAGAGGAGGCAGAGCUGGAGCGCCUGGAGAGGGAGUUUGCCAUUCAGUCCCAGAUCACGGAGGCUGCCCGGCGCCUGGCGAGCGACCCCAACGUCAGCAAGAAGCUGAAGAAGCAGAGGAAGACAUCCUACCUGAAUGCUCUGAAGAAGCUGCAGGAGAUCGAGAACGCCAUCAACGAGUGUCGCAUCAAGUCUGGGAAGAAGCCAACCCAGAGAGCCUCCCUGAUCAUCGACGAAGGAAACCUUGCCAGUGAAGACAGCUCCCUCUCGGACGCCCUCGUUCUCGAGGAUGAGGAUUCUCAGGUCACCAGCACAAUAUCCCCUCUCCAGUCCCCACACAAAGGGCUCCCUCCCCGGCCUCCCUUGCACAACAGGCCGCCGCCGCCGCAGUCGCUGGAAGGCCUGCGCCAGAUGCAUUACCACCGCAACGACUACGACAAGUCCCCCAUCAAACCCAAGAUGUGGAGCGAGUCAUCCUUGGAUGAACCCUACGAGAAGGUCAAGAAACGCUCCUCACACAGCCACUCCAGCAGCCACAAGCGGUUCCCCAGCAGCGGGAGCUGCGCGGAGGCGGGAGGCAGCAGCUCCCUGCAGAGCAGCCCCAUCCGGAGCCUUCCCCACUGGAGCUCGCAGUGCAGCAUGCCCUCCACGCCGGACCUGCGCCUGCGCAGCCCCCACUACGUCCACUCCACGCGGUCAGUAGACAUCAGCCCAACCAGACUGCACAGCUUAGCUCAGCACUUUAGGCACCGGAGCUCCAGUUUGGAGUCGCAAGGCAAACUCCUCGGCUCAGAAAAUGAGACAGGGAGCCCCGAUUUCUACACCCCAAGGACUCGUAGCAGUAACGGCUCUGACCCCAUGGACGACUGCUCUUCCUGCACCAGCCAUUCCAGCUCUGAGCACUACUACCCAGCUCAGAUGAACCCCAACUACUCCACCCUGGCAGAGGACUCCCCGUCGAAAGCCAGAGAGCGGCAGAGGCAAAGGCACAAAUCGUCUGGCAACCUGGUCUCCUCCAAUUCAGGGAGUAUGCCCAACCUGGCUGCCAGGAACGGGACGGGGCACCACCGUGUCUACCUGCACAGCCAGAGCCAGCCCUCCUCCCAGUACAGGAUCAAAGAGUAUCCCCUGUACAUCGAGGGCAGCUCCACGCCCGUGGUGGUGCGGAGCCUGGAGAACGACCAGGAGGGACACUACAGCGUGAAAGCACAAUUCAAAACCUCCAACUCCUACACGGCGGGGGGAAUGUUCAAGGAGAACUGGCACGGGGACGAAGUGGACUCCGUCAGAAUCACCCCCUCCCGCUCCCAAAUCAUAAGGACUCCAUCUCUGGGCAGGGAGGGCCACGAGAAGGGCUCGGGCAGGACUGCCGUGUCGGACGAGCUGCGGCUCUGGUACCAGCGGUCCACGGCCUCCCACAAGGAGCACAGCCGCCUGUCGCACACCAGCUCCACCUCCUCGGACAGCAGCUCCCAGUACAGCACAUCCUCACAAAGCACCUUUGUGGCGCACAGCCGGGUCACGAGAAUGCCUCCGAUGUGCAAAGCAACGUCAGCUGCCUUACCUCACAGCCAGAGGAGUUCCACGCCGUCGAGUGAGCUGGCGGCCACGCCGCCGGGCAGCCCCCACCACAUCCUGGCCUGGCAGACCGGGAACUACAAUGAUAGCUGUUUCCUGGAUUCUCCCCUCUAUCCAGAAUUAGCAGAUGUCCAGUGGUAUGGGCAGGAAAAAGCCAAGCCUGGGACUCUAGUGUGAACCCCUGACCUCAAGUUAAUCACAUCAAUGCCAUUCUGAGAUCACCUCACUGCCUCUCAUUUGCCUUACCCAGAUGCACCGUCACCCAGCACCAGCUUCAACUCUUAAGCACUUUUCUCACGAUGCAAUUCAAGGUGACAUUUAGCACACCCUGGCCCUGAGACAGCCACCUGCCAGACGAGCAGCCUUCCCAACAGUCAGUCAGCAGCUGACACACGGCUUUGCCUUGGAACCGCUGGACGCCUUUGGAGGCUCACACCAGAUCUCAUUCUGUGGCACGGAACGGCAGGGAGAUUUCCUUGACCUGUCAUCUGAAGCCAACAGAGCAGCAGUUAAAUAAAGGGGUGGAAAGUGGGGAAAGGGGAAGAUUGGGUAAAAUGAGGCAGAGAAAUGGAUGUGCUAGUCUCAAAAGUGUGUCUGUCAUGAGACAGUGAGAUCCCAUCGCUUCAGGGACGUGUCAGAGUCUUGCAGCCCCACCUGCACUGCCCCAGAUGGCAGGAUGAGGCUGCUCAGCCACUUCUACCCCCAGGAACAUCUCUCCCAUUUCACUCACUGGCAGACACAGCCACCUCCAGGAAAAAAGCAUUUCCCUCUUCGCUUCCAGCCCACCUGUGUGCAAGUGGAAUCUCCUGUGGUGCCAGAGGCCUGGGCUGGCAGCACCACGGUGCAGCCUGUGAGAUGCCCCGGAGCCACAGACAGUGGCCUGUAAAGCAGAGGCUGCUGCUCACAGCACCCUGUGUCAGCCACAGGUUGUACAGCACCAGUACACGGGUUGAUUGGACCUUAAUACUCUGAUGAAGAUAAAACUUGCCAAAAACAAGCCCUUUUUAUCAGCAAGAUAACAGCCAAUCAGUUGUAAUCGAUUUCUGCACAAAGCAUUAAGGUGAAAGCAAAGGGGAAGCACUCCACAGUCUGACCCCACGGCAAAGCUGCAGCAACACCUCAGUCCCACCCCCUCCCACCCUCCCUGCCCGCGGUGGGGCUGGUCCCGGCACAGCUCCAGGGAGAACCGGUCUGUUGGCUCCUGGGCAGCGCUGAACCACCACACGGGGCACCUUUUCCUCAACCACAAGAAAGAGAAGCAACGCAAAGGAGGUGCAAAGGAGGCGUCAGAGCCGAGCGGAGCUGCCUGCUGAUACCAAAAGGAACCCUACCAGAGCGUGUGAUGGAAGGAGCUGCAAGUUUACACGUAACUUUUGAGCAAUGCUUUAUACACGUCAAGCCAUGGAACUUUCAAAAAGGCCUCAAAGACACUUUUGUAACGAACCAGUGCACACUCGAGGUGGAUGCUGAAGCUGGCACGUCUAGUCUUCAUCGCGGUGCUACGCUGUUUUUAUUGCCACCAGCAGGGGGGAGGUGCCCGGCCUGCCCCCGCUGGUGCGUGCAAACGAUGAUUUCCUAUGGGAAAGGCAUUAAAGAAACGGCUGGAGGGGGUUACUGUGGGAAAAGCAGAAACUGAAGUUAGCUUUAGUUCAAGAACAAAAGUGUAACAACCAGUGUGAGUGUGAGAGAGAGUGUGUGUGUGUGUGUGUGUGUGAGAGAGAGUUCCAAGAAUAACAACAGCAUCUACCAGACAAAGCAGGGUGAAACGUUUCACAUGAAACACCACGACUUGGGGGGCUGCCACGCCUUUUGGUAUUAAGGUUGCUGGAAAACUGCAUUCCAGGCUUUCAAAGAGAAUGGCUUCUGCAGAAUUAGGCUUGGGAAAAAUUGGGGGGGGGUGUUCUGAAAAUGAACAGGAGCAGCUCCUGCGGAUACCUCUGUGUGGAAAGGCCAGGGAAACACACCACAGGGCCAGGAGGGAAGCUCGUUCAUGUUCACACAUGAAGCAUGCAGGGAUUGCCCCUCUGGAAACAAAAAAGGGAAGGAAAGAUAAAGAGGACAGGUUUUUACAGUGGCAAGGGGGGGUUUUAGAGGCAGCCACGCGAGCCAAGUGCCUCUGCACCACCACGGAGAGUCGGCACGAGGCCCUGGCACUGGACCUGCAGCCCUGUGAGCUGGGACUGGGAGGACAACCUGGAGGGGCAAAGCACUGGAUUCACCAUCUCUUUGUGCUUUGGGGUCUUUCAUGUAGGAAUCAAUUCAAGCUCUUAAUUGUAUUUGGAGCUGGGUAAGAGAUCGGACCGAUUAGUGGCGUGUACCGAUAAGUUUCGGUAGCUACAGUGAAAGGAUUAAAUAAGGGACCAAAUUAAGCAGCAACAAGUAAUUUAGCCCGUGGAUUUUUAGGGGCUCUGAGCAACUGUCUGUUUUCUUUUUAAUUUCCCAAGUAAGUGCUUUUGGGUUGGUUUGGGGUCAGGUUGUUGGGGUUGGUUUUUUUUCUGUGUACCUUCUUUUAAUUAAAAAGAAUUCACCAACAGCGGCAUUAGGAGGCCUCUGGGCACUACAGGAAGAAACAUUCAUUCCACCAACACCAGCUCUGCAGUUUUUCCAGCAAAGGUUAAAAGGUGGCAGCCCUGAAAAACUGAGGAGAUAACUCACUAACUGAAUAAGUAAGGAAAGAAAUGGCUAGCCUGGAUUGCAAACAGGCUGUGGAGUCGAGAGGAAAAGAAGCUUUUCUAGCAAGGGAUCGAGGUUUGCUUUGUGUUCUGCUUUUCUGUCCUGCAAUCGAGGCACACGUGAGCAGCCAGUCUGGUAGUAAAGACAGAUUAAGUAAAACAGGUUUUACUGUUUAGCUCAAUUCAAUUAAACACAAAUGUACAUAAAAUGUUAAUCAUAGGGGAUUAACAUGUUGAAGUAGAAGGCGGAGGGGUGGAUACAGAGCUACUCCAGACAAGCACUUGGCUACCAACCCAACCCCUCCUGUACUCUUUUGUUACCUCCCGAGGCUCCCUCUGACAUAAAAAGCCACCGUUGGGUUCCGUGUGGCCUCGCCUGAGGCUCCCAGGGGGAGGCAGGAGUAUUGGAUACCAUAUUAUAUGCAGUGGAGUGUUGAAGAUGUUUGAACCAGUCCAAUUUGUUUUCACUCUGUAUUAGUUUUAGUUUCAGGCCUAGCCGAUCCCCAUUCAGGUGCUAUCAGAUGACCAGUUACUGCUUAGUUAACUAGAUGUAAAGUUUUACAUAUAUAUUAAUGUCAAUAGUUUUAUUACAAGUUGUUGUAAAAUGGACUCUCUAGUUAAAAAAAGGAGGAAAAAAAGGACAAAAAAAGAAGGAAAAAAAAAGUACUAAUUAGAUCUCUCCUGAAAUUGACUUUAGAGCAUGGCAAAAUGAUUUUACUGGGUUCUGUUCAGCUGUAAUCAAGGACAAAAUAUGUAUGUUGUAGAAAAAGUUGCAGAAUUAAAAAAGAUCUGCUUUUAAUUUAUUCUUUUUGUAUUCAGGAUUUGUAUAGUUACCUUUACAUUUUGCAAAACGGUGUUGUCAACACUUCCUUAUUAAAGCAUUUUCAAAAUGAAA